UGCAUAAACUGGGUGUCCACCAGUUCAGCAUACUCCUGGAUCAGUUACAAAGUGAGUUAAUGGCCUCCCUCCUUCCUGCUCUUAAAGCUGUGGGGGUGAGGCACGCUGUUUACAGUCACUUCUCAAUUAUCAGAAUUUUUUUUUCUUUUAGAGACAGAGUCUCUCACUACCGUACCCCCUGCUGACCUCGAAUUCCUAGAAAUCCUGGGCUCUCAGUGCUGGGAUUAAAGUAGCGAACCAAUGUAUCAGCCAGUUGUCAGGUUUGUUACUUUCAGGCCUAAGUCCUAGAGGCUUUGCCAGUUCCAAAGGGUGUCAAGUUACUGCUGGUGGGCCUGAGACCCAAAUGAGUGCAGAUGCUCCAGGCAUGGCUGGCACCUGAGUUCUGCUUCUGAAGGCUACCAGGUCCAUGCGCUGGCCAUUUAGAACAAGGUGGGAACAGGAAUCUGUCGCGAGGCCCACCUUCCCACCAAGCUGGCCCGCGUUGACUACAUGGUCCUGGAGACCUCGCCAGCAAAAAGCAAACAGCGUGAUGUAGGACAGGAAUAAAGAUCGAACAGCGAGGCAAGGAGGCAAGAAGAGGGAAAGAAUCUGGUGGUGUUUUUCUCUGCUGUAGCCGAGACAGUCAUAGGAACUGGGCCAGAGCCUUUUGCCCCUCCUCGGCUAGGCUAGGCUUCCUUUUUUCCUUUUUUUAUUUUUUUGCUCCCUCACCCUCUACCCCCUCUGCCUCCUCUGCCCCGCCUCCCACUUCCUCCCGGACAACCCCACCCUUUGUCCCCUCCUCCCCUCCCGCUUAGUCUCCUUAGUUCCGUCCCUCCAGCCCUGGGCUCCGCCCUUUUGCAACCUGUCCCUCCCCCACUGUCUGCCCUGUCCCUUUCUACCAACCUUGGCCCCAUCCCUCCUGUGCUGUCUUCCGCCCCCUUGUUCCCAUCCUAUUCUGCUACGUCCUGUUUCAGCUCCUUUGCUGCGACCCUUCUGCUCUGCCUUUGCCCCUCCUCCUCCCCCUGUCCCGCCCACUUCCUCUCUGCCCCGCCUCCUUUCCUUGCCUCGCCCCUCCCUCGUUACGUCUCUCUCUCUCUCUCACAGCCUCUGAUCCUUGGCCUACAAAGGGUUUGGCGAAAUCCAAAGUUUGAGUGCCUGUCUUGUGUAGGUGCGGUGCGCCGCGCUACCCCCCCCCACGUGCUCUACUGCGCAUGCGUGCGGGCUGCGCUUGCGCACUGACAUCCGCGGCGCAGCUCUGCUUGGUGGUGCCGGCCUCUGGACCGAGCGGCCAUGGGGUGGCGGGCGGCUGGGUCGCUGAGAGCCAGGUAGCAGUAGGGCAGCAGGGACCGCUGGCUCGGCCCAGCAUGUAGACGUCCACGCGGGCGCGCGGCAGCCGACGCACCAGUGUUUUUUUCAUAUCAACUAUGGAAAUGGAACAAGAAAAGAUGAACCUGAGUAAGGAGCUGAAUCCUGACUCAGCCUCCUACAACUGUUCAGCAUGCCAUGGGGAUGAGACCUGGAGCUACAAUCACCCCAUCCGGGGCCGGGCCAAGUCUCGGAGCCUGUCAGCCUCACCUGCCCUGGGCAGCACCAAGGAGUUCAGGAGAACCCGCUCUCUCCAUGGGCCGUGCCCAGUGACAACGUUUGGACCAAAAGCCUGCGUGCUGCAGAACCCCCAGACCAUCAUGCACAUCCAGGACCCUGCAAGCCAACGGUUGACAUGGAACAAGUCUCCAAAGAGUGUGCUUGUUAUCAAAAAGAUCCGAGAUGCCAGCUUACUGCAGCCCUUCAAGGAGCUCUGCAUAUACCUCAUGGAGGAAAACAACAUGAUCGUGUAUGUGGAAAAGAAAGUUCUGGAAGACCCUGCUAUAGUGGGUGAUGAAAACUUUGGACCAGUGAAGAAGAAGUUCUGCACUUUCCGUGAAGAUUAUGAUGACAUUUCCAACCAGAUAGACUUCAUCAUAUGCCUUGGAGGAGAUGGUACCUUGCUCUAUGCCUCCUCACUUUUCCAGCCCGGCGAUGCCACCUGGUCUCCUCACCCACAGGGCAGUGUGCCUCCUGUUAUGGCCUUUCACCUUGGAUCCCUGGGCUUUCUGACCCCAUUCAACUUUGAGAACUUCCAAUCCCAAGUGAAUCAGGUGAUAGAGGGGAAUGCUGCUGUUAUCCUGAGGAGCCGGCUAAAGGUCAGGGUGGUGAAAGAGCCCAGAGACAAGAAGACAGCCAUCCACAACGGCCUCAGUGAAAAUGGUCUGGACACAGAGGGCGGAAAACAAGCUAUGCAAUACCAGGUCUUGAAUGAAGUGGUGAUUGACAGAGGCCCUUCCUCAUACCUGUCCAACGUUGAUGUCUACCUGGAUGGACACCUUAUUACCACUGUGCAGGGCGAUGGAGUGAUCGUGUCCACCCCGACGGGCAGCACAGCCUAUGCAGCUGCAGCCGGGGCCUCCAUGGUCCACCCCAACGUGCCGGCCAUCAUGGUUACACCCAUCUGCCCCCACUCGCUGUCAUUCCGGCCUAUCGUGGUCCCUGCAGGGGUCGAGCUGAAGAUUAUGCUGUCACCAGAAGCCAGGAACACGGCAUGGGUGUCUUUUGAUGGACGGAAAAGACAGGAAAUUCGCCAUGGAGACAGCAUCAGCAUCACCACCUCCUGCUACCCACUGCCCUCCAUCUGUGUGUGUGACCCUGUGAGUGACUGGUUCGAGAGCCUUGCUCAGUGUCUGCACUGGAAUGUUCGAAAGAAGCAAGCUCACUUUCCAGAAGAUGAGGAGGACCAGGAUGAGGAGGACAGCUAGACUACAUUUCCCAGCUUCUAACCCGAUCAGGCCCUCAAGCCCUUGGGAGCCUUCUUUCUCUUGCUCUCUUGCUGGCCUUCUGGCUGACCUGGCCUUGACAAACCACAUGGCUGUCCAGGCAUCUAUGUCCUGUCUGCCUUGCUGGGAGAGCUUGGGUCUGCCUUUUGCAGAACAGAUCAGCUUUUUAAUGUUUUUAAAUCUCUUUUUCAUUUCUAAAGAAGCAAAAUGAGAACUGGGCUGGGUGUCCUACAUCUCUCCCAUGGGCCCCCAAGUCCCCCUGAGAUUUCUAGGUCAGGAAUUCCCAUAAAUCAGUCUGUUGAAAUUCUGAGGGGGUCAGAAUGAUUUGAUCUUCCUUCUGAUAUUGAAAUAAAUGUCUCAGCCAGAAAUCUUCCUUUAACUGCAGUGCUUUCCCCCAGGGCCUGUACCUUUCCCCGUGGCAGCUUUGCUCUGGGUUGGCAAGGCAAGCUUGCUUUCUGUGUUUCUGGAGAUGGCUCGGUUCCCUCUGAGUCUGGCCCCAAGACCUCUGACUCCUUCCAGAGCAGACAGAGGUAACACUUGGCACAGCCAUCCAGCAACCUCACAUUCCUCACACAUCAGGGCAGCAGCUCCUGGGGACAUUUUAAAUCCUAUAUACACUUUUUAGAGGUUAUUUUAAACUUUCUGAAGUGAUUAUGUACAUAUUUUCUUGUACACACUUUGUGAAGAUUUAGAGGGGACUGCCUGUUGUCUGGUGUUUACAUUGUAUCCAGGAUUACAUUGUAUCCAGGACAGGGCUCUGUGCUGCCACUCCUCCCUUACACAGUGGCCACAAGGGUUUUGAGACCAGCUCACUAUUGACUUCAGGCUUGUGGGCCUGCUCUCCUUCCACAAGAAUCUUAGGUUUGCAACUGAGAGGCAGCCAUAUGGAGCCUGUGUGCAACACAUGUAUGUAGUGCAAGUAACGCACGUGAGUGCCACACUGGCCCUGGAGCCUUUGUGGGGUCAGUGGUCGGCCCCAGCACCUCAGCUAGGUAUCCGCUUUCAGUUUUGUGCUCACCUCUUACGGCAGGAGUAGGGAGGACUGCCUGUUCUUUGACUGGCUUUCCAGGUGAAGUCAGGCUUUUGUCUCAUGCUUCUAGGGAAGGUUUGUCAGCUGCUAUAGAACCGACUACUCUGAGCUUUCUUCUACCUGUUAAAGUUGGGACCUACUGGGCACCCGUGCAGCCCCAAGUGGUCUGGCUUGAGUGCUGUUAAGCCAUGGUGGCUCAUCCCCACGGUUCACCUGUGCUGUUCAUCUGUGACUGCGCACAGCAGGCUCUGCUAUGAUCCAGAGGAAAGCAAGGUCUGAAGCAUAGUCCAUGCAUCUAAAAAGCGAGUGUUGACAAGUACAGAAGCAGCUGCCACCAGACUGAUCUCAAACACAUGGAAUUUUCACGUAAAUUCUUAAUGUUUCAUAUUGUUAAUAUCUUAAAAUUUUGUUAAUUGUUAAUGAAGGCCUUAUUACUAUUUUCAGAUUCUUUCAAUAAAUAAACUUGUUUUAAAAAAA